AUGUCAUCGUAUAUGGCAGGUGUUUUCGAUUUAGAUUUAGAUGUUGAUACUGUUACUGUUGGAGAUUCAGACGAAGACGACAUAAUCGAAGUUGAUGAGGUUGAUUACGACCCUGAACUCAACGUCAACAAUAUUGCAGAGUCAGAAUGCUCAGAAACUAUACAAUUGUCAGAAGAUAAUGUAAACCCAGGGCAAUGUAAGCGCUUAGGCCCCCAAGAUUUCGAACUACGCAAAGUAUUAGGUAAAGGAGGUUAUGGCAAGGUAUUUCAAGUCCGUAAAAUUACUGGCCCAGAUGCAGGCGCUCACUUUGCCAUGAAGGUUCUUAAAAAAAGCAUCUAUUGUUCGUAA